UAAAGCCCUAAACCCCGCAGUGUGGAAGAACCCUAGCCGCGCACGGCGACGAGGGGAGGAGGAGCUACCACAUCGCCGCCUUGCCGCCGCCGCUAGCAGCUCAUCGGCGCCAUACAUUCUCCGAGGCUGUCUUCUCCAAUGUCGUGCAGUGCAGCGCCGCUGGAGAAGGCGGGAAUGCGGAGCAUCAUAAGCUGGCACGCCCGUGUGCCGCGAUGCCUCAAGCUCCGGACGAGCCUGGAUUCCAGCAGGGCGUUUGGAACUGCGACGAAGUAUAGCUUCACAAAUGGAGGACCAUCCAAGUUCCAUCCAGUCCCCGGGAUUCUCAAGAGGCUGCGCGUCAGUGCUACUUACAAUGACUGGCAGUGGCCGAGCCCAAGCCCGGCUCCCCAGGACUCACGCUCCUACUGGACCACUCCGCAAAGGCAAGCAGGAUUUCCAGAGACUGACUAUGACGAUGAUCGUCGAGGAGGAAGCGGUGGCGGAUAUGGAGGGGGUGGAUAUGGUGGUGGCGGCGGCUAUGGAGGUGGUGGUGGCUAUGGUGGUGGUGGUGGUGGCUAUGGAGGUGGUGGUCGUGGCGGUGGAGGAUUUGGGAGCUUUGGUUCUUCUCGGGGACCUGGCUUUGGAGUACAGGAGACGUACACUGGUCCACCCAUCGAGACUAUCAAUCCGUCGGCGGUGGUGGCAGGUGAGGAACUCGCAGUGGCGAAGCUCGGGAUUGAUCCGGAAAUUGUGAGAGCGCUCGCACAGAAGAACAUCAUAAAUCUUUUUCCUGUUCAGAGCGCGGUGUAUCAACCUGCGAUGAAAGGACGCGAUUUUAUUGCUCGGGCUAAGACAGGAACGGGGAAGACUCUUGCUUUUGGUCUUCCCAUUCUCCAUACUAUCACUGUUGAAAGGCGCGAAGCUACAAGCAGGACUCAGCCUGGAUGUCCUCGUUGCAUUGUCAUGGCUCCGACACGAGAGCUAGCAAAGCAAGUCGAGAAAGAGUUGACGUCGACUGCUCCACAUUUGACACUAGUGUGCAUCUAUGGAGGCGUCAGUAUCGAGUCUCAAAGACGAUCACUGGAGCGGCCAAUCGACGUUGUUGUCGGUACCCCUGGCCGUGUCAUCGAUAUGCUACAGCGCGGUUCUUUGCUGCUGAACCGGGUGAAGUUCAUGGUUCUGGAUGAAGCUGAUCAGAUGCUUGCAACUGGUUUUGCGGAAGAUGUGGAGAAGAUCAUGGAGAGGCUCCCCAAGCAAAGGCAGACUAUGAUGUUUUCCGCCACAAUGCCGUCCUGGGUGAAGAACUUGUUGCGACGGUUCAUGCAAGAUCCUCUUGUGGUCGAUCUGGUGGGAGACAACGACGAGAAGCUUGCAGAGGGUAUUAAGCUUUACUCUUGCGAGGCAUCCGACUAUAACAAGGGUCCUCUUCUCAAGGAGCUUGUGAAUUCGUAUGGCAAAGGUGGGAAAGUGAUCGUGUUUGCCAAAACCAAGCGCGACACGCACAAUGUAGCUCAAGCCAUGAGCCGCUCGGUCCCUUGCGAGGCUCUACACGGCGACAUCCCACAGUUCCAACGUGAGAGAACGCUUUCCGGCUUCCGAGACGGCAGAUUUUCAGUGUUGGUAGCAACGGACGUAGCUGCUCGCGGUCUUGACAUUCCCAAUGUCGAUCUGGUGAUUCACUACGAAGUUCCUGGCGACUCAGAGACGUUCGUUCACAGGUCGGGACGAACAGGCCGAGCUGGGAAGAAAGGAGUGGCGAUUUUGAUGCACACUUACGCGCAGGGGCGCGUGAGGGACACGAUCGAGCACGACGUUGGGUGUAGAUUCGAGGCGCUCAACGUUCCAAACGUGGACAUGAGCUGCGCACAAGACUUUUCGAGGGACACUUACGUGGCGAGCAGCGGUUUUGGCGGAAGAAGCUUUGGAGGUGGACGAGGGGGCGGCGGCUACGGUGGCGGCGGAUUUGGGAGAGGUGGCGGCGGUGGCUUUGGUGGCGGUGGUUUCGGGGGCAGGAGCGGUGGGUUUGGGGGAGGGUGGUAGUUGUAGGUUCUUUCUCGGCAGACGAAACGUAGUAGCCGCCUACUUGCAGUGGUAGUUUCUUACUAGUGACGAACAUUUGCCUCCUUUUUUUUACCAAUCAAAGAAUAUACGGAUAGUUACACAAUUU